AUGUCGCGCGCGAACGGUGUUAUGAACAGUGUUCCUGAUGCUCAGGCACCCAGCAAGGCCGCCGAAAUCGGCUGGACCUUUGUGCCGCAGUACUACACGUGCAUGAACCAGGAUCCUUCGCGCCUGCACUGCUUCUACACGAAGAAGAGCACGCUGGUGCACGCCGACGAGAAAGAAGAGGCGCAGCCGUGCUUUGGACAGCAGCAGGAGAUCCACCAGCGCCUGCAGGCUCUCGAGUUUGACAACACCAAGGUGUAUGUCUCCACAGUCGACAGCCAGGCCUCGGCGGACGGCGGCAUCAUUAUCCAGGUGAUCGGCGAGAUGUCGAACAAGGGCGGAAACUGGCGCAAGUUUUCGCAGACCUUCUUCCUCGCGCAGCAGCCCAACGGCUACUACGUGCUGAACGACAUCUUCCGCUACCUCUCGGAUGAGACCGAGACGGCGGCUGACAUUGCGGCCGAAGAGCCCGUUGCUGCGCCCGAAGCGGCCAAGGAGGCGGCUAAGGAGACCCAGCCGGAGCCUGUUCCGGUGCAGCAGCCUGCCGCGCCGGUCGCCAACGAGGCGCCAGUCGCUGUGCCGGCGCAGGAGGCUGUGAAGGAGGCGCCGAAGGAGGCCGCGCAGCCCGCUGCGCCCGUGCGCAAGACCUGGGCGAACCUCGCGGCGACGGGCGCGACCAAGUGGGGCACCGCGCCCCCGGCGGCCGCGCCGGCAUCGGUGCCGUCGCCGGCCGCUGCUCCGGCCGCCGCCAAGCCUCGUGCCCAGCCUGCUGCGGCUGCUCCUGCCGCGCCGGGCACGCAGGUCUUUGUGAAGAAUGUGGUGGCCGAGCACGCGACGAACGAUGCGCUGAAGCACGCGCUGGAGGCGCAGUUCGGCGCGACAAAAGAGUGCCAGGUGGACCCUACCAAGGGCCACGCCUUUGUCGAGUUCACCUCGGCGGACGCCGCACGGCGUGCUGUGGCUGCCGGCUCGCUCCAGGUGGGCAGCGCGGCGGUGCAGAUUGAAAAGCGCCGCGGAAACGAGCGUGGCAGCGGCGGCGGCCGUGGCCGUGGCGGCGCCCGCGGUGGCCGCGGUGGCAGCUCCGCCUAA